AUGAAAAGUCCAGGCAAAGAUUUUUGGUUAAAUAUGAAUACAGAAUGCUCUGACGAGUCUGAUGAUGAUGAGGACUACAUUCCAAACGGCGAUGUAAUAGAAGAACGCGAAGAUACUAAAGGAAAUAGUUCUCGAUCACCGACGUCAAAUAGACGCGCAUUAAGGUCCAGAAAUGGCAAUGGGGUUAUCGUCAAUGGUCAUAUCAAUAAUAAUCCUAAUCAUAGCAAUGGCAGUGUCACCAAUAACAUAACAAGAGGUCCUUUCAACAAUUCAACUCCAAAUCAUCAACUUAAGAAAUUAGAUGUUCCAUUUCAAAUAUUUUCAGAAUCUUUUAAUCGUUAUCAUGAUGAUCAAGAAAGAGAAUUACAAUCAUUGGUUAGAUUGGAAAGGCAUGCAACAAAGAAAUGUCAUGAAGUGGACUGUGAAUUAGAUAAAUCAAGAAGAGAAAUAGAUGCCAAAAAAAAUAAUCUAAAGCUAAUAAAUGAUCAAAACAAAUUGAUUCGAGAACAAAUUGAGAAUAUUCAUCAUUUGAUUAUUCCAAUUUGUCAACAAGUUUCUGAUGAAUUAGAUGAUUUAACUAUUGGACCUUUUCUUGCAAAGUUUGUAAAAAAUUAA